AUGAUGGAGGAGAUGAGUGCACUUGAGAAGAAUGAGACAUGGGAGAUUGUUGAUUUACCUCCUGGAAAGAAGACUGUGGGAUCUAAAUGUAAAUGGGUAUACACAGUGAAAUUCCAGCCAAGUGGGGAGAUUGAGAGAUAUAAAGCAAGGUUAGUGGCAAGAGGAUUCACACAAACCAAAGGAAUAGACUAUGGCGAGACCCUUUCAACAGAGGCAAAGGUCAUUUCUAUUAGAAUCUUACUUUCCUUGGCUACACAGAGAUCAUGGCCAUUGUAUCAGUUAGAUGUGAAAAAUGCCUUCUUGCAUGGGGACUCGCACGAGGAGGUGUAUAUAGAGAUAGCACCCGGAUAUGGAAUGAAAGGGGAGUCACAUAAAGUAUGCAGAUUGAAGAAAGCCCUGUAUGGAUUGAAGCAAUCCCCGAGGGCGUGGUUUGAGAAGUUCAGUAAGGCCAUAGUUUAG